AUGCUGCAAAAUAGUCCUUCAAAAUUUGAAAUUAGUCUCUCCUUUAAAAUAGGUGAAGGAUUAAUCACUGAAAAAUAUGGUUCUGGCCUAUCAAACCCAUUGUAUCUUAAGCCUCCAGAUAAUACUGAAUGGAGAGUAGAUUGGACUAAUCAUGAUGGUAGAACUUUGUUUAAAAAGGGUUGGAAAGAGUUUGUUGCAUAUUACUCUCUUGAUCCUGCCCAUUUGUUAUGGUUUGAGUAUAAUAUUGGAACUUCUCACAUUGAAGUACACAUAUUUGAUAUGAGUUGCCUCCAAAUAUAUUAUCUUGCCAAUGAUCAGAUCAAAGAGCAGCUGCCAUGCAGUGGUCAACAGCCGAUGAGAAGGCCAGAAGAACCAAAAACUAGAGAUGUGGAUAGCAGUCCCAAUACCCAAAACAUGACACUUAACGAGGGACGGCAAAAGAAAAGAUUGAAUGAACCAUUGACAAGAGAAGUCCGGGGCCAACCAAGGAAAAAACUGAGAGCACUAGUGUCAUCUGCUUUCAAAGGUAGACAGUUGAAAAAUGACACACAAAUCAAGGAUGUGGAAAGAAGCUUCAAUUCGCACGGUAUUAAAUCCAAAGAAAAAAACUAUGAGAUGCCAGUGUCUGUCAAUCAAGAUUCUAAUGUGGUAGUUUCUGAUUCUUUGUUUCCUAUGUAUAAGGCAAAAGGAAUAGAAGAAGAAAAGAUUCUGAAUCUCCUGUUCGGCCCUGUCCUACAAGACUUGAAUCUCUGA